GCUUAUACAAAAUAUUUAUACCGAUUGUUGUAGUAAAGGUUGUAACACCCUCGGCAGUUGGCAACUUCUGUCCGCAACCGCCUCAUCCUGAACCUUUACCUCGUCGUCGUCGUGCAGACCGUUGUGCUCGUUGCUGGAAUCGUCUCACUCGUCUUUUGACGGAGGAUCCGUCGCUCUUUGCCCCUCACUUGUUGCGUAUACCCUGGUCAAUCCUCAAGCAGCAGCCUUAGGCUUCGGCGGGUCCUCCAAUCCUGUAUCAUAAUUAUUCAUACCCUUUCCUCUCUCAUUUUGCAUCUCAACCUCUCCUUGCUGUCGUCCUCAGUCUCACGUUGUCUCUCUCCUUGUUAUGGUCUCUCUCACGGUGUCGUCGUCUCGGUCUAGUUUGCUCUCAACUCCGUCAUCGCAGAACUUCUAUGAUUCAUUACCAUCUCCCGCUCCGUCCGUUUCAAGUGGCUCCGGUUCGUCUUCUAACGUUUCCUUGAAUAACGAGGAUGAGGAGAAUGUCACAAUUACUGCAGAUCGGCUGAAUUCCAGAAGUAAGGGGAAGCAGAAGAGUAGCGAGGAUCUACACUUAUUGGCGGUAUCAACUCAUAUUACAGAGCUCUCAUACAGUAUAUCAGAUAUCCAGAGCCGUAUUUUUGAGAUCCAGGAACUACGACACAGAACGCAAUCUGGGGAUACGUCCGACGCCUCUAGGAUUAUCGACCAAUCUCUGGCUAGUCUCGACGAGCGGUUAGAAGCUGUUUCUCAGGGUAUCAAGACCGUGAACGAAUCUAUAGAACCCCUUUUGCAAUCUACAAAAACACCUACUGCCCUUCAAACACAGGAGACCACAGAAGACGCUAUGAUGCUUCGGAAGCAUGCUACAAUGCUUGCGGAAUGGGAAGCUGUGCAAAAGGAGAGUCAGGUCCUCAGGGAAGAACUGAAAGAAGAUAAAUGGUUGACCGUGUUCCGAACUGUCAACGAACAAGCAGAUGGGAUGAUGACAAGUCUGGAGAAAGCUGUCAACAGAUGCCAGGAUUUCAUCUAUCGAAUACAACGGCAUGGUCCUGAUGAUACGUUAUCACCUUCGUUAUCUUCAGGAUCCACUCGUUCUGAGAAGUCGCCUCUUAAUUAUGAGGUCUUCAGUACACUUGCGGAUUCUUUUGAGGCAAAGAAGAAACAUUACAUGCCUGCGACGACUAAAGUACUCUCCAUCAUUGACAAAGGCGUACAAGACCGAGUGACAAAGAAUGGAGAAUGCUUACGAAGACAUGCAGAAUCCACGCAACGAUGGAAGAACCUGAAAGAGCGUAUAGCACGAACGGAUGCCGACAUGGAGAGAGUACGCAAACUGCUCUUAACAGGGGAAGGUACGCCCAGCGAAGCCGGAUCGAGCGUAUCGGGAAAUGCGUCAAUGUCACAGAAUGGGUUCCUUGCCACGCCACCUAGCGAGCAUCAAAAGAUGAACACCAUUUCGAGGAGUAUCUCUCCAUUCCGUAAGUUUGCAAGGAGGUUCACCAAAGGGGCGAAGAGCCCUGUAGCAACGCCGGCCCCACUCAAGAAGACGAGUUCAAAGACACCGACAUCCGAACCUCCGCCGAAGUUGCGACAUCGAGGCUCGCUUUUCAACCUGCUCGGUGGAACACCCCAGACUCCGGUCACUCCAUCCCACAAGUAUAGUCAUAGUCUGACGCCUGAAUCUUCACCGUCACCAAGAAAAGCCGAACCCGCAUCUGUAUCCACUAACACAGUCAGGAGACCUGUGUGGAACAGCUCAACACGGGUGGAGGACGAGCGAGGUCAGACGAUCAAGCCGUCUUCGUCAAGACGAGCAUCCGCCAUGGGGAUACGUCAAUCGGAAGACAUUCCUCCCGUUCCACCAUUAGGUACGCCGUAUAGGAGGAGUCUAUCCAGAAGUUCCAUGGCAUCUUCGCGACCUUGGUCACCAGUGACUUCCUCGGUGUCAACUGCACAAUCUUCUAAUGGCUUCUUCCGACCCCCUUCCCGUGCUCAAACCCCGGGGCUACCUGUUUCUCCUCGCACUAGACCGAAGACACCAAGUCAUAUCCCUGCACCCUCCAUGGGCAGUCACUGGCGGUCAAUGUCUACCUCGCCGUCCGAGUUCUAUUUAGAUGACGACGAUAGGGAAGUCAUAACUUCGAUCAUGCAACGCGCAUUCUCUCCCACCCGAGCGAUGACACCGAGCGGACAUCCGCCACGACCACCUAGUCGAUCGAUGAUCCCUGUUCCGAGCGUACACAUCUCGAGUGCCUCGAGGCCGGGAAGUGCGAUGUCCCAUUAUAGGCCAGACAGUGCCAUGUCAUUCAGAUCACCGUCAGUAAUGAGGGAAAGGGAUCCUUCCAUGGACGGAGGAGCCAUGAGGUCAACACCUCGCCCCACAACGACCCAGUCGCGCCUCCCCCCUUCCAGUUUCAAAGAUAACUCAGCACCUCGGACACCAAUAUCCCGUCCUUCUUCUCGAGCCGGAGCUUCUACGCCUUCUCAGUCGAUCGAAGGUAAACCUUUGCACCUAUACAUUCCGUCGAGCUACAAGGAUCCUUUAGAUGCUGAAGUAGCGAGGGUGGUAAACAACAUACCUCAUGCUCUGCUCAUCGAGCGAAUAGAUCCACCACUGAAGACGGUACCCAAGGAUGGUGAAGAGAUCAGGGCUCAAUACGCCGUUGCUAAUACACUUGCGAGAAAGGUGAUCACAUGCAAGUUGACCACACUGUCCAGAUCUGGGGGCAAAGGCACGACGACGAAGAAAGUGAUGUGUCGUGUCGGUGGGGGUUGGCAAGACUUGCAGCUAUACAUCCUGAACAGACAUGCCGGCUCUUAGACCAUCUGUGCAACAGCUCCGGUUCUUGUAUAUGUACCUGAUUCCUUUGAUUCACCGACCCACAGAGCUCCCUUCAUGUUCAGCCUACCCUCGCCGCCCUCCCUUUUCAUUUGUACUUCCCGAGAUAUGCUGGUUAUGUCACGACUCACGGACUGCAAACUACCCUAGCGUUCCUGAUACCCUACUUUCUUCCAUACAUACUGCUCCUCCAUCAUUCCUCUUUACCUCCGUCCCUUUUUCAUGUCUUCACCCAUUUCCUCCGUCACCCCUGUUGUCGCCACUUCACAAACUAGGUAGGUAUCAGUAGUAGUAUGUGUGCUAAUCCCGUCCAUGUUAGCCGGAACUUGCGCUCGUUUGAAUAGUAUGGAUUACAUAUGACCAUUCGUCACACAAAUUCACGCCACGCUAUGUAGCUGGCAUCUUGAGACAUGACGUUCUGACACCAUCCCCUGCCCACUUCCCCACCUCGAUAAGCAAGUCACGCUUCUUAUCUGCCGCUGUGUUGGACCGCAAUUCGUAUAAUGUUGCUGAGGCAAUAUUAGUUAGCACGACCAUAAUGGAAUCGUAGAAAGAUCGAACAUACAAAGGUUGAACAGGAACGGUUCGGCAGUGAC